AUGGCCUCGGCUGCUGCUGCUGUUGCUCCCGUUGCUCCCGCUCCGCAGCCUCACAUCCCUACCAUCCUCAAUGCAUCCGGUCCUCCCCCUGGACACUCUGUCACAGUCGGGAAUCUCCAGACCUUCAUCCUGCCUGAUAAAGUCUCUGACACCGAAGCAAAUCGUAAGCUUGGCGAAGCCCUUGUCGAAGCCUGGCAAAAGGACGGCAUAUUGCAGAUAAGCAUGACACCCGAGCAGCACUCACUUUACAAAAGUGCCAAUUACGCUAGUAGACGCUUCUUCGGCAAGCCUUAUGCGCAAAAGGCAGCUUGCGUUGACAGUCAGACUUACUCUGGCUACAUUGCUAGUGGUGAAGAGCUGACUGACGGUAUUGCUGACUACAGCGAGAUUUUCACGGUUACUAAAGACCUUGAACUUGAUGAGCCGCGAGUCGUUGCAAAAUGGCCGUGCCAUGGUCGUUGCCCUUGGCCUGACUAUGAGAUGCAGAAUCCCAUGCAGCGUUACAUGCAGAGUCUGGGGGGCGUUGGGGAAACGCUCUUGCAGCUCACUGAACUGGGACUUGGUGUUCCUGAAGGGUCACUUACGAACUACACACAAGAUGGAUGGCAUCAUCUGAGAAUUCUUCGCUUCCCUGCCAUUAACAAGACUAAUGGCAAGGGCAAGGAAGGAAGAGGAAUUGGAUCUCACACUGACUACGGACUUCUAGUCAUCGCAGCAGCGGACGAUGUCGGUGCUUUGAUGAUUCGACCCCCAUACAGCGAUGAAAACUUCGCUAAUUGGGAAUCGAGUGCCGCUGGCUUCAGAGAGGACGAUGAAAGAUGGGUCUUCGUUCCUCCCGCGGAGAAUGUCUUCACCUACAUCACCAACUCAGCCCUUCCCUCAACCCCCCACAAAGUCGGGCUCAAUCUCAGAGAGAGGUUCGCCUUUGCUUACUUCCAUGAGCCAAGCUUCCAAGCCGUUGUGAAGCCUCUGCCCGGCUAUGAUGUUGGCCAAGAGCCCAAGGACGGAAUCCACUAUGGCAAGCACUUCACUAAUAUGUUUAUGAGAAACUACCCUCAGCGGAUUACUACCCAGAGGUUGAAUGAUGAGGGUCGUUACAGGCUUUUGGAGCAGGAGAGCCUUCAAACCAUGGCUCCUUGA